GGCAGCACAACAGCCUGCCGUCCUUUGACAGCUCGGUACCCGACGUCAGGCUCCUAUACGGACGACGUGUCAACGACCAUUUAACUCUAUGACAGCCAGUUUACAAUGCAAGUGACUUUAGAAAAGGCUCAUGUUUAGCCAUCUUUAUUUAUUGAGCUUUUAUGCUUGUUAGCUUACUAGCUAGCUCUGUUAACGGUGAACUAGUUAGCAACUAGUUAGCUGGCUAGCAACAGGGAUCCUCCCAGCACUGUGAUGGCUAGCAGGCGUUAGCUACACACUCUCACUAUCAAUUUGGCUGAGCUGUAGCUAGCUGCCUCCAUUGUUUACAUGGAAACGGUCAGUUGAAGUGCACUGAGGGCAUGUGGUGAUCGUUACAAUACUGGAUCAACUACAGAAAAAACCAACGUGGACAUAUGGAAAUGGGGCUGGGAGGUAGCUAACGUCAGCCAGACGUUAGCCAGAUCUCUACAGCCUAUCUCUACCUGAAUGAGGAUGAUCGGGGCUUUGAAGGAGGACUGCUGGACUGUUUGACUUUGUGUGGGCGGUGGACAAAGGACAGCAGUUUGUUUGUCCAUAUUAAAGCUGAACCUGGAACACGAUUACACGAGGUUUACAGGCAACACACUCUGCUGGGAUGUUGCUGAAAACUCUACUGAUCACCAGUCUUCUUGGCUGGGUGAAAUGUCAAGACAGCCAGAUCAUGACACUAGAGGAGAAGACUGUUAUCAGGGACCAGAUUCUCGAAAUGUUUGAUCACGCUUAUGGGAGUUACAUGAAAAAUGCUUAUCCAGCAGACGAGUUGAUGCCUUUAAGCUGCCGGGGGAGAGUCCGGGGCCAGGAGCCCAACAGAGGGGAUAUAGACGACUCUUUGGGGAAGUUUUCUCUCACACUGAUAGACACACUGGAUACCCUGGUGGUGUUAAACAAGCUGGAUGAGUUUGAGGAUGCAGUGAGGAAGGUUGUGACGGAUGUGCGGCUGGACAACGAUGUGGUGGUGUCGGUGUUUGAGACCAACAUCAGAGUUUUAGGAGGGCUUUUGGGAGGCCACGUGAUGGCCGACCUCCUAAAGCAGCGCGGGGAGAGGAUGCAGUGGUACCGCGAUGAGCUUCUACACAUGGCCAAAGAGCUGGGCCAUCGAUUACUGCCUGCCUUCAACACCACAAGUGGCCUACCUUACCCUAAGGUGAAUCUGCGGUAUGGAGUCCUGAACCCCCUUUCACGCACAGGCACAGAAUCGGACACCUGCACAGCGUGUGCUGGAACAAUGAUCCUGGAGUUUGCUGCUCUCAGCAGGCUGUCAGGGGAGUCUGUGUUUGAGGAACAUGCGAGGAAGGCUCUGGAUGUCCUCUGGCAGAGGAGACAGAAGGGAAGUGACCUAGUGGGGACUGUUAUCAAUAUCCACAAUGAAGAAUGGGUCCGGAGGGAAAGCGGAGUCGGUGCUGGUAUCGACUCGUACUAUGAAUAUCUGAUGAAGGCCUACAUUCUUCUGGGAGACAAUGUCUUCCUGGAGAGGUUUAACAUUCACUACAGUGCCAUUAUGAAGUACAUCAGUCAGCCCCCCCUGCUGCUCAACGUCCACAUGCACAAUCCCACUGUGAGCGUGCGCAGCUGGAUGGACUCUCUCCUGGCUUUCUUCCCCGGCUUACAGGUUUUGAGAGGGGAUCUGAAACCAGCUAUUGAGACUCAUGAAAUGCUUUACCAAGUGACCAAACAACACAAGUUCCUUCCAGAGGCAUUCACCUCAGAGUUCAGAGUUCAUUGGGGCCAACACCUUCUGAGACCAGAGUUUGCAGAAAGCACCUACUACCUCUAUAAGGCCACUGGCGACCCCUACUACCUCAGAGUGGGACAGUCCAUCGUGGAGAAGCUAAACGCCUACGCCAGGGUGCCUUGCGGGUUUGCUGCCGUGCAAGAUGUCCGCACUGGGAUGCAUGAAGACAGGAUGGACUCCUUCUUCCUGGCUGAGAUGUUUAAAUACCUGUACCUGCUGUUUUCGGAGAAGAGCCAGCUGCCGAUCGAUAUCGACGACUACAUUUUCACCACCGAGGCCCACCUACUCCCAGUGUCCCUCUCCAUCACAAAGCCCCCCUAUCAAGGCAACCACACUGAGACUGUUCCUCUUUCCCAAGAAGAAGACCUGUUCACACACUCCUGCCCCAGCAUGGAGACGUUAUUCCCCAACAACCCCUCGUUUGCUAAAACCAUCCGGGACAGCUACAAGUACCUCACCGGGGUGGGACGAGCCUUCCACCCUGUACCUGUCAGGGAAAUUGAUCUCCCGUUCCAUGACAAUGGGAUGGAACCAGUCGAGUUCUUGAAAAGCAUGGGCAUUUCUCUCACCCCGCUUAAUGAGGACCAUAAAGGCGUUUACCGGGUCAAACUUGUAGCAGAGGUGAGCCAAGCACCGGAGGAAGAGGAGGUGGUGCCCCAUGUUGUUCAGCUCAUAUCCCCCCCAUUUCUGGGUAGGACAGUCAUCACAGCGGGACCUGCCAAGUUUGGGAUGGACCUAACCAAGCAGGAGCACGGGGUGAAGGGCAGCAUAGCGAAAGCCUCCCCCUACACUGCAUGUGUGCCAGUAGAUAAUGCAGCGCAGCUUAAAGGGCAUAUUGCCGUGGCGCUGCGUGGGGACUGCAUGUUCGCUGUAAAGGCUCGUCAUCUGCAGGAAGCAGGAGCCAUAGGAGUCAUCUUUAUAGACCACCGAGAGGGAAGCAACAGUCAGGAUUCUCCCCUCUUCCAAAUGGUUGGAGACGGCGACUCCACUGAAGAUCUCACCCUGCCUUUAGUCUUCCUCUUCAGCCAGGAGGGGGCCGUGCUCACAUCCGCUCUGAAGGAAAAUCACAAUGUGGAUGUGCUGCUGCUGCCCAAAGAGAGGCAGCUGGGACAUGGUAAGACAGAAAAACCUGCCGGCAUGAACAUCAAACUCCGCCUGGCAGAGGAGGGGGAGCUGGAGGACGGAGCGGCCAGAGGGCCCACCCUGGAGUUUGUCUUGGAGAAAGAUGGGAUGAUUCUUAAGGAAGUGGAGCAAGAAGCACAACACAAACAAUUCUGCACAGAAGCCACAGAGGAUGACAGAACUGAACCAUAUUCAGCAGAUUCCUCUCAAAACACAAACUCAAACAGCGCUCCAGACGCAGAGCCUUGACCACUGCUGAUCCAGAAGCAGUGUCCUAACACUGAUCUCUCGUCAGUUUCUCAGAGCCCCUCACUGCCCUACACAGAGCUCGAACUGACCCCGCCUGCAUGUUUACAGAGGAGAGUAAAGCAGUGUGACGGCCAUCUUCUCAUCCUGUCGUGACUUUGAAACCUAAAUAUGGUUUAUCAGACAGAGAGACAUCGUGGGGCUUUUAUUUUAUGUGGUGCAGAUCUCUCUGGAAUGAGACUAAAAUCGGUAAUUUAAGGCCAAAAGCUGUAGGUUAAGAUGCCUGUAGUGUUGCUAUUGUAGGCACAUACAGUACAUGGUGGUUGUGAUGCUAAUGACGUAAAUAAUUGAGUAGAAUUACUUCAGUUUAGAGGGAAAUAUAGAUAAGGCCAAAAUGUACUUAGCUAGGUUUUUUUAUGCAAUGCAGUUUGUUUUUUAGUGCACCUUUUCACUUCGAUAACUACUGUUAAAUAUUCAGUGAUGGAGUAUUACCUGGCCACUAGGUGGUGUUAGCUGCCGUCGAUGCUCAAUAAUACAAUGAUAGAUGAAGGAGAUGAACUGGGGCCAAUUUGGGACGUUUAUUUUGUACUUGCAAGCAACUUCAGGGAAUUUAAAGAGUGAAUGCAAUUUGCCAGGUUGACCUAUUGAAGAAAUGUUUGUGAGCAUCUGUGUGUGUCUGAAUUUCCUUUUUGCUAUAGUGUGUGUGCGUGUGUGAUAAGGUGUGUGUUAUAAUAUCAUUCCUAGCAGAGGAAACCCUUACAUCAUGCAAGGAAAAAAGAAUACAAAUGUUGUAAGAUUGACCAUUGAAUUCAUAAGUAUUAUUAUUAUUAAGAAAUAAGGUUUGGAUUUUGCAGAUUUUGUCCUUUACUUCCCCAAAUACAAAUAACUGCACUCAUUAUUAAAUUGUAUUUGAUCAUGCCAUCUUGCAAACAUUACCAAAGCUGUUUUCUUACAGCUGAAGUCUAAGUGUUACUGUUGCUAAGUCACAGGUUGGUCUAUGCACUUUGAAACACGGGUACGAUUGUCUAAGCAGAUUCAUUAGUUUGUGUGUGUUGCAAUAAGUAAUAGUUGCAGUCAUACAUCGUCUCAUUUACAUUGUGCAAUGAUUAGAUGCGUUUGGCCACCUUCAAAUGUAAGGAGAACUCUACAGGGUUACUCAAAUUGUUUUAAUAUUUAGUUUAUAUUCCAUUGAGUUUGCUGAAGUACAGAAAGGUUUUUGCAUCAGUCGGUAACAUACGACCUGCAAAGGCCAAUUUUUUCAUUUACAUUGUUUUGAUGAAUACAGUCUUGUCUUUCUAAAGCUAAACCAUUAUCUGGGCAUUGAUAUGUGUAAUCACUUCCAUACAUAAAAACUCUUUAAUCACUUUGUUCAUAUUCACUUUAUUCUCACUAAUAAUUUGUUGCAUGAUUUUUGUGUUUUGUGGUACAUCAAAUGUGAGCUUAUGAUUUAUUUUGUUAUACAGUGGACCUGUUCUUAAAUGCUGCUGAAUUAAUUUAAAAUCCAACAUGAUUGUUUUAUCUUAAUUGUAUUUUAAUUUUGUUUGCCUCUAUAAGGCUUUUGCCAACCCAUACCUCAGGACUGUGUGUGUUACAGCUCAGAGGCAGAAACGGAGUAUGGACAAGAAGCAGAGGAUUCUUUUUUUUAAAUCAUUUUACAUGCUAUUUUAUUUCCAGCUGUCUAAGUUUCUGUUAAACAGUGGCUGAAAAGUGCCAAAAGAGAGGUGUGACACAGCUCCUGUUUCUGGUUUCUUCUCUGUAUUUACUUUCUGACUAUGAGUCUCAUUAAUACAAUUAAAAACCUAAUUAUCAAACA